AAUUAAUAAUAAUUCCAAAUUAAUAUAAAAAUAAUAGACAUUGAAAAAAUGACUGAAAAGAAAUUCUAUAACAAUAAUAGCAAAAGCAAUUUUUCGAAUUCGAACGGUAUGGAUCGUGCAUCGAAUGACCGUUACAACAGUAGCAGCAGUAAUGAUUAUCGAUCUCGUGAUGGUGGUAGUAUCGGUUUCAAUAACCAUCAAAAUCAUUACAAUAAUGGUGGUGGUGGUGGUUUUAAUCGUGGCCGUGAUUCAUUUGCAAAUCGAUCUAAUGGCAGUAAUGGUUUUGGUGGUGGUUAUCGAAGUUUUGGAAAAGUUCCUAUUCAGGCACCACCAUCAGAUUUACCGGUGCAUAAAAAUUUCUAUCGUGAAAGUCCGGCAACUAGCCAAAGAUCUCAAUAUGAAAUUAAUCAAUGGCUCAGCACUAAUAGUGUUACAUUUCGUGGACCAAGAAUUUUAAAUCCCAUCUUACAGUUUACUGAACUCAUUGGAUUACCUGAUGGUGUUAUGCAUGCUAUUAUGAAACAAGGUUUCACUACACCAACCGUGAUUCAAUCACAAGCAUGGCCAUUAGGUUUAAGUGGUCGUGAUGUUGUCGGUAUUGCACAGACUGGUUCAGGUAAAACAUUAGCAUAUGCAUUGCCAGCAUUAGUACAUGUUGAUGGAAAUGCCCAUCGUCGGAAACAUGGACCAAGUGUAUUGGUUUUGGCACCUACCCGUGAAUUGGCCCAACAAAUCAAAGAAGUUGUCAACAUGUUUCGUACACGUGCUGUUUGUGUUUUUGGUGGCGCAUCAAAAGGUGGACAACGUCGUGAAAUUGAUCGUGUACAACCAUCGAUCAUUAUUGCUUGUCCUGGACGUUUGAUUGAUUUUGUUGAAGAGGGAGCAAUUCAACUACAUAAUAUCAGCUAUUUAGUUUUGGAUGAAGCUGAUCGUAUGCUUGACAUGGGUUUCGAACCACAAAUUCGUAAAAUUGUUGAUCAGAUUCCAAAAAAUAGACAAACACUAAUGUGGUCGGCUACAUGGCCAAAAGAAGUACGAAAACUUGCUGAAGAUUUUCUCGUCGAUUAUGUUCAGGUCAAUAUUGGUUCAAUUUCAUUGGCAGCCAAUCAUAAUAUCACACAAAUCAUUGAUAUCUGUGAAGAAAGUGAAAAAAUGAACAAAUUAUAUAAAUUAUUGACACAAGUGAAUGCAAACAGUCGCGAUAAUAAGACAAUCAUUUUUGCCGAAACUAAACGUAAAGUUGAUCAAUUAAAUCAACAAAUGCGAUCAGUUGGAUGGUAUUGUAGUGCAAUUCAUGGUGACAAACCACAAACCGAACGAGAUUGGGCUUUGAGUGAAUUUAAAAAUGGCCGUAUAACUAUUUUGAUUGCAACCGAUGUGGCUGCUCGUGGACUUGGUUGAAAAUUCUGGAUCUCACGGAGAGAAGGAGGGUUUCAUCAUGCCAAUUGUAAUUUUUCCGUUGGCAAAUUUGUGAAAUGUCCUUUUCGCUGUUUGUUUACAAAAAAAAAUUGUGUCUCUAUGAGCAUGAAUUGUCUCUAUGACAAAAAUGGUCAUUUAUGUUUGAUGGGAUUACACCAUCUGGACUUGAAUCUCUAUAAGCUUUUUACCAGAAGUCCAGUUGUGGAAACCAUGCGAACAACCUAUGUCUGCAUUUCAACUUCGUUGCUGUGGCUUCCCAAAAAAAAAUGAUGAUGAUAAUUGUAAUCGACUCGACGACAUACAAACAUGGAUUAAUUGAUUGAUGAACGUCGGCGGAGGACAUAGAAACUUCAUUCAUCGAAGUAACUCAAUUUAUUGAUCUGUGUUCUCCAACCGCAAAAACAUCAACGAUAUAUGCCCUUUUAAAAAUGGUCGUCGGGUCCAAAUAAUUACCAAAACAAACAAAAAAGCCAUGGCAUCAAUUUUGGAACAGAGAUUGUUCGUUGACAGAACAGAAUCCAGAAUUUUCACAUGCAGCCUUUGAUAACGAAAAACAAACUGAUUUAUCCUAUUUCCGAGUUGUGCUUCCAAUUGUGUACGCCAUUGAGAUACCUGUUGUGUUAGUUAGUUAUUCAUGUUAUUAAGUAGACCAACCCUACAUUGAUCAUCGUUGUGUUGUGCGUGUGUUUGUGUGUAUGUUUUUGUUGUUGACACGCGAGGAUGAUCAUCGUUAUCAUCAUCAAUUAUUGUUGCAAUUUACACACCACAGCGCAAUGAUAAAUAUAAACUCGGCAAUAAAUGUAAAUCAAGUA